AUGGCGCAAGCUGGAGUUCAAUCGUUGAAGUGUGUCGUGACCGGUGACGGUGCCGUCGGCAAGACGUGUCUGCUCAUCUCGUACACGACCAAUGCUUUCCCCGGAGAGUACAUCCCGACCGUGUUUGACAACUACUCUGCUAGCGUCAUUGUUGAUGGCAAGCCAAUCAGUCUGGGUCUUUGGGAUACUGCAGGUCAGGAGGAUUAUGAUAGACUCCGACCCUUGUCCUAUCCUCAGACUGAUGUAUUUCUCAUCUGCUUCUCCGUUGUGAGCCCGCCAUCCUACGACAACGUUGCUGCCAAGUGGCUCCCUGAGAUCACACACCAUUCCUCUGGAACCCCCAUCAUCCUGGUCGGCACCAAGAUCGAUCUUCGAGAUGACCCUGCCACCAGGGCUACUCUGACCAAGCAACACAUGGAGCCUGUCAAAUACGAGAACGUCCUGAACUACGUCAAGGAGGUGAACAAGGCGAACAAGAUCAUCUACAAGUACAUAGAGUGUUCUGCUCUUACGCAGCGAAACCUCAAGAGCGUCUUUGACGAGGCUAUCCGUGCGGUUCUGAAUCCCACCCCGCAAGCGUCCAAGGCCAAGAAAUCCAAGUGUUCCAUCCUGUAAAGAUUUCUCGCGAAGCCAUUUUCGUUUUCCCAUCUGUAGCAUCUUGGGCAGCGAAGGCCUCUGUUAGAAUUUCUUUUACGAACGAUUUCCAAUCUCGAGCCGC